AUCGGGAGGGGGCGGAAUUCGGGAGCCGCGAGCGGAGCGGAGCUUUCAUAAUGACGAGCCUUUCGUGUGCAAGAGUCUGGUGCGAUGAUGCCUCCGCUGAGAAUGUUGAGAAUGCUGUCGCUGCAGCUCUUGUUCAUUCCGUACAUGCUCUGGUGGCUUCUGGCUUCCGUUUUCGUUGAUUUCGUAUCCCGAUUGCGCAAAUUGAUCCGCCGCUUCUUCAUUGAGCCAGCUCUGAGAGGAAUUCUUAGGUUGGCCGGUUGGAUCGACUCGUGCCUCGAGCUGACUGUGAUAGGCUUCUAUUUCUCGAAGGAGGUCUCGUCCGUGCUGCUGGACCUCGCCCUCAGACCUGGCAAACGCGCUCUCCUGCUCUGGGCUGACUGUGUCGACUGGUUCCUUCGAUCUCUUCUCCUGAUUGCGAAUUUUUGCGUAUCAAUUUCCCACUCCGCAUUUACAGCACUCCUAAGCCCUCUCAGGUGUGUUGUACCUGCUCAAGCUCUCCAAACGUGGGAACACCUGAAAGCUCAUCUUCUCUCAGAGAUCGGAAGCUUCGGACCCGCUGCAGCACUGCAGCAGCUGCCUGGGUUUGCAUUUCUCAACACAAGGUGCACGGGACAAGGCUCGGAAACGAUGACGAAGGUGUCGGCGAUGGUAGCGGCUGGACCGAUGGGCCGAACAUUGUCGAAGCUGGGAAUCAGUAGUAAAUCGGACUCCAACAAACAGCACGAUAAGAUGGAAGACUACACGGCCUCCGCUGCCUCUGCCUUUUGUCACUCUCUGUUCCAGUACCUGGCGGACGAUGAAGGAUUGGAGGCUGUGAAGAAGCUUUUCGAGCAAAUUUCUCUUCUCCUUCAGGAAUUUGCCGUGAGCAAGGAAUCACAGCGUGUCUCUUCCACCGGCGGGUACAUGGCUGUCUUGGGAGCGUAUGAUGGCGUGGAGAGGAAAAUCAAUAAUCUCACAUCGAAGCUGCCAGCGUCAGUGAAGACCGCUGCCUUUCCAGUGCUUGCCGGUUAUGGUGCUCUUCUAGCUUCCGGCUUGCUGCUGAGCUUGCUGCGGUUUGCUUUCUAUGGCCUUCACUAGGGCUGUCAGUUUCAGCUUUGGGUGUUUCCAAUUUUCCAUUUAUUCAAACCCUGAAGGUAACAGAGCUGUGAAUCUGUUUUCAACCUUGUGGGCCCAUUGCAGAGCACGAGCUUGUGAAGUUCAUGCAUUAUAUUUCUCAUUUCGAUAUGAGUCAAACGUGACCCAGAUGCAACGAUGCGGUGACCCAGAUGUGGUCUGAGCAUCUCUAGAACUACAGAUUGCAGGAGUUGUACAGCUUGGAAUUUCUUAUUUGAUUGUCAUACAUUGCUGUCUAGUUGCUCGUAUGGGUACUCAUCUCGAGCUGCUGGAGUCUCAGUUAGUACAUUUCAGGAUCCAGUAAAUCGAAGAGAACAGUUUAUUCUCAGCUUAGUUCGAGGUACUGGUUCGAACAAGCGGAGCCGAUUUUGUUCAUUAUCAAGUCCGGUUCAAUAUAUGUGAGAUAUUAGGAAAUUCAAAUUCACCUUCUAUGUAACAUCAGUCAUCAAUAUCAAUCUUCAUCGAACUGAUAACUUUGGAACCAUAUGGCUUUCUUACUUGACAGAGUUACUCGUCCAUGUAGAUAGCCAACUAUUGUAAUCGGUUGCUGUUGUUUUCAUAUGAUCUAAGGGCU